CUUCAGGAUAACAACACACUGCAGAGGGCAUUUAAACGCACUCUACUGUUGAUACGGCUGCCAUACACUUCGGAGUGUGAUUUCUUUUUUUUUUAUCUCUUCAGAGGACUGUUUUCACCUGAGUUGCUCGAGUCGACACACAGAAGUCAGCUUUCAUGCCUGUUUUCGGGAAACGGUGUGCGACUUUAUGGUCGUGACACGACUUUGACGGGCGCGGUGCGGCGGAGUUGGCGCACUGCUGGUCUGGAUAUAUCAUUCCUUUGAAGCCAAGACGGUCUGCACCACCAUUUAAACAGCGCCCGAACCCACUUCUCCUCAUAACAUUGGUUUUUCUGACUCUCCUGGGCGGAUAGGAACCUUCUACGCCGGUUUCUCAGCUUGAAUAUGUUGCUGUCAAAGUUUGGUUCUUUUUCGCAUAUUUGCAAUCCUUCAAGUAUGGACCAUCUGCCAGUGAAAAUACAGCUCCAGCCGGUUAAAUCGGAAAAGGAGCCUUUCGAAAAGGUGUACCAGGUGGGGUCUGUGCUCGGGAGCGGAGGGUUUGGAACAGUCUACGCCGGCAGCAGGAUCUCUGAUGGCGCACCGGUUGCAGUGAAACACGUUGCGAAGGAAAGGGUGACGGAGUGGGGCACAAUUAAUGGAAGCAUGGUGCCUUUGGAGAUCCUGCUGCUAAAGAAAGUCAGCUCGUCCUUUCGCGGAGUUAUUAAAUUGCUGGACUAUUACGAGCGCGCGGACGGCUGGCUCAUCGUCAUGGAGAGGCCGGAGCUCGUCAAGGACCUCUUCGACUUCAUCACAGAGAAGGGCGCCCUGGAUGAGGACACAGCCAGGGGCUUUUUCCGCCAGGUUCUGGAGGCGGUGAGGCACUGCUACAGCUGCGGUGUUGUACACAGAGACAUCAAAGAUGAAAACCUGCUUGUGGAUCUACGCACCGGGGAGCUCAAGCUUAUUGACUUUGGCUCAGGGGCGAUUCUCAAGGACACAGUCUACACCGAUUUCGAUGGUACAAGAGUAUACAGCCCCCCAGAGUGGAUCCGCUUCCACAGAUACCAUGGUCGCUCUGCGACGGUGUGGUCGCUAGGCGUGCUGCUUUAUGACAUGGUGUGUGGCGACAUCCCCUUUGAGCAGGACGAGGAGAUCCUCAGGGGUCGACUGUACUUCAGGAGAAGGAUUUCAGCCGAGUGCCAGCAAUUAAUCAAAUGGUGCCUGGCCCUGAGGCCUUCAGACCGCCCCACCCUGGAGCAAAUCUGCGACCACCCCUGGAUGAGGGCGACGACGGAGUCGCCGAAGUCCCCAGAGGAGCCGGUCAGCGGCGAGAUCCGCCUGAGAACCAUCGACACAGACUCUUCGUCAAGCACAAGCUCGAGCAAAGAGAGCCUCUGAUGGCUCUGGUGGACUGAGCGGACUUUUCUGGGGAAAGAAGGGGUCUGGAUGGAGGGGGAGAUAAUGGACUCAUGGCCAGCGGCCUGUAGCCCAACUGGGUGCUUCAUUCAGCUGGUCCAUCUAGAAAAAUGUACUCUAAUUUUCCUCUUUUGUAGGGAAUUUCUAAUUUAUUACUAUUUGUUAUUGCUUAUCUUAUUUUCCCCCAUCCCCUCUUUUUUCUUUCAGUUAUACUUGUUUCCUAAAGGGGAACAUUGUUUCUGUUUGGGCGGUCUUACCAGCACUAUUUAUUCCCCCUUCCCUUUUUUUUUUUUUUUUUUUUAACUUUAUUCAAUCGUUUUGUUACUAGGCUGGUAUAUGCAGCUGGAAAGGCCCUCCUAUUCAGACAUGGCUGCUCUCAUAGAGCUUGGAGAAAACCUUUUUAUUUAAAUGUUUUAAUUUUGAUUUUGUAGUGCCUUUUUUUGGAAAGCUGCUUUUCUGGGGGCUUUCGUCAACUUGUUUUUUUUAGAUUUGCCCUUUGCCUGGUGGUGAAGCUGACUGUCCUGUGAUGGCAUUGUGGGGGGGUGGGGCUGUCUUUGCUCCCCCCCCUGCUUUCCAUCACUGUAGGCCAAGCAGCCCCCAGCCAAGAGGGUAGGAUAGCAUUAGAUAGGAGAGAAGGAGGUGGGGGCUUUUCCUGACAAUGGAAUACUUGAAAAAACAC